AUGCUACUUCUGCGGUUGUUGCCUUUGGCAUUCCUUACCAUCUGGCACGUACAGAAUGCCACUGCUAUAUCCGAUGGCGACCGUGAUUUCCAAAACCAAAUUUUGACAGGGUACAAUAGCAAAAUCAGACCUGUCAAGGCGGAAACUACAGUAACCCAAGUGACAGUGUUUCUGAACAUUGCUCAUGUGGAGAAAGUGGACGAAGCCGAGCAAACCGCACUAGUCCAUGGUCACCUUUGGGCUUCAUGGACCGAUGAGUACCUCCAAUGGGACCGCGCAAAAACCAAUGUCACAAAAAUCACUCUUCCGUCCCAUCGAAUUUGGCAACCGGCGCUUGCACUGUACAACAGUGCUCGAGGAAACACGUGGCACUUGUACAUGGCUGGCAUGCCCGCUACCGUAUACUUCAACGGAAAAGUUUGGAGUAGUGGAACGUUUUCGUUCUUUGUCACUUGUCAAUUCGAUUUUGAGAAUUGGCCAUUUGACAAACAGAACUGUCCAAUUGUGAUCGCUGAUUGGGUUUAUGGCCUAGCACAAGUGAACUUGAGUGAUCCAAAUAUGAUUUCUGAGUAUGCCAAACCAUCGAUUCGUCUUAGUUAUGAUCCUCUUGAAAGGAAGAAUAAGAGACAUGUUGGAGGUUGGGAAGUAAUGGACGCUUGGAAGAAGCACUGCUAUUGGGGACCCAAGGGAUGUAAGGAGGAUCAGCCUGAAGGCGAGCCCGAUUGGUAUUGGUCUCUUUUGGAGUUUGGAAUCGUUUUGAAGAGACACCUACCGUACUUCCAGAUGACUGUCAUGAUUCCAAUUUUCAUCACCUCCAUCCUGGUCCUUCUGGGUUUCUGGAUUGAAAAAUGUGCACUGAGUAGCUUCAUCAUCUUUUUCAACCUUGCUCUUCAAACGAUUUACGGUUAUAAUAUAAUCAAAAAACUACCACCUGGCAGUGGAACGAUUCCAAAAGUUGUUCAAAUCUUCACUUUGAAUUUGCUGCUCACUGGAACUCAAUUCUUCAUCGCUAUCAUGUUUGGAUUCAUCAAAGAAUGGGCUCCAAAGAAUUUUUCGUUCAAUUUUGGAAUCGAUAUCACGGAUAUUCCAAAACGAAUGGGAAUCGAUACAUUCUUCCAAUCCAAGGGAUUGUCCUUAUUUGUCGAUCAUGACAAAAUCGCCGCAGCGGAAGCUGGAGAUGAUACAUCAACGAUCGGAAUUGGGAAUCCAUUAAAUGAUGACGAAUUCGACCAUUUCCAAAAUUCUGCCACGCCAUCAUCCAAUACGGAUACUGAACUUUUGAUCAAUCUUCCAACCAAUUCUGACCCCGAAAAUGUGUUGGAUUCUGAAAAAGUUGAAAACUCCGAGGAGCGAAAGGAAAAGAUUCCAGAAGCUUCUAUUGAAAAUCAACUGGAUCUUCAACUUCUUCACAUCAAACGCUUUUUGUUCUUCCUUGUCGUUUUUAUCUAUUGUGUUGCCUUUUUGAUGAUUUUGUUCCUUUGA